ACACAUGGCCGCUGGUCGGAUGGACCUUACUACCACAUUGGGAGAGGACAUCACGAAGGCUGGACCCGGUCGCGCGCAAACGAGGCGUCAUCGCAUGCAAAUGGAUCAUCGGGCACGCCGCCCGAAUGAUAAAGGACAGUGUAGUGGAUGUGGUGAUACAGAGCAUUUUGUGGAUGACUGUCCGUCCUCACAUCCUCGCACUGAUAGAUCUAGACGCC